CGAACCCAAAUUUUCAAAUUCCAAAACUAUCCCAACAAAACCUCCAAAUUCCCCACGCAACCCUCACUUUGAUAAAUAACAACUCACACCCACCCCUCUUUUCUUCUCCAUCACAAUCGCAUCACAUCGCACUCUCUCAUUUCAAACAAACGCCGUCGUUUCCCUCUCUCUCUCUCUCUCUCUCUCUCUCUCUGUUUCUCUGAACACAACAAUGGCGACGUUGAUGCUGAAGAAAGCGUUGUCUAAGGUUCCUCCCUCACCGGCAUCAUCACCGCCAUGGAGGCUCGCUCUCCUCCGUGCCCACGCGUCGGAGACCCAAGCCCAGCAGGUGGAACCCAAAGCCAGUGAGACAACCCGGAUGAAGAAGUUCCAAAUCUACCGAUGGAACCCUGAGAAUCCGACGAAGCCGGAGCUGAAGGAAUACACCAUCAACCUCAAGGAUUGCGGCCCUAUGGUCCUCGACGCUCUCAUCAAGAUCAAGAAUGAGGUCGAUCAGACCCUCACCUUCCGCCGUUCCUGCAGGGAAGGCAUCUGUGGCUCAUGCGCGAUGAACAUCGACGGUUGCAACGGGCUUGCUUGCCUGACGGAGAUUCCGUCGGAGGCGAAGGAGACGACGGUGACGCCGCUGCCUCAUAUGUUUGUGAUUAAGGAUUUGGUGGUGGAUAUGACGAAUUUCUAUCAGCAGUAUAAGAGUAUUGAGCCGUGGUUGAAGAGGAAGAGUCCGCCGCCUGUUCCAGGGAAGGAGAUUCUGCAGAGCAAGAAGGAUCGGGAAAAGUUGGAUGGGAUGUAUGAGUGUAUUCUGUGCGCUUGUUGCAGUACUUCUUGCCCUAGUUAUUGGUGGAACCCUGAAUCUUAUCUUGGUCCUGCUGCUUUGCUCCACGCUAAUAGGUGGAUAAGCGACAGUCGUGAUGAGUACACCAAGGAGAGAUUGGAGGCCAUUGAUGAUGAGUUCAAGCUCUAUCGGUGCCACACCAUAUUGAACUGUGCUCGUGCCUGCCCAAAGGGGUUGAACCCUGGAAAGCAAAUCCAACAGAUCAAGUCAGCUCAGCCAAAAGCUUGAAAUUCUCCUGAGAAGCAUGAUGGUGUUGCGUUUGAUAAUUGUUGAUGGGAGGUGGGGAUACUUUAGCUAUAUUCUUAAAAAAAAAAAAACUGAUCAUUAUGUUAGACUUGGGUUUGAAAGUUUACAUUGCCUUCUAUUUUUGAAAUAAAUGUCAAAAGCCAAUAGGGCCCCAUCUCAUAAGUUGACUGGCUGUGUAACAUGUACAAUCUAAAUACUCUCUGCCCUUGAUCUUUUCCAAUAAGAGCACUGUACUGGAAAUAGCAAGGCAUGCUUGCUUCUGUUUGUCUA